AUGUUGUAUACCGUUGAUGUUGAAUUGAAUGUGAAUACCUUGGAGCUGGUUAAUCGUAUUUUUAACUUUCAAGUCAACCGGUUUACAAAUUUGUUGAAUGGCUCAUCAACUGUUAAUGUUAAGGAAGAUUCUAAUUUAUUUAGUGUUUUAUUUAAAAUUAUUGAGUCAGCAAUACUAAGGAAAUUGCAAUCAAAAGUUCCAGAAUCGCUUGAUGGUCUCCAAAUAUCGUCUGAAGAUUUAUUUCAUGAAGGUAAUGGAAGUAUUCAAAUCAAUAAUCCUCCAAGUAAAGCACAAGAAAAAUUGGUAGACAGUUUACUUAAAGUAUUAUUUUCACAGUUCGUCUCUGUAACCAAAAGUAAUUAUGUUGAGAACGGCCAUGACAACCUCGUUUUAUCGUUAUUUAUCGAAAAUAUAUACGUUGAACCUUACAGUAUAAAAUCCCCCAUUUCCUUGAAUAAUAAUCAUGGAUCUUUGGACGAAAUUAUUAACAGCAUAUUUUUAAGGACUCAGGUCGAUGAAAAUAAAACAAAGGAUGAUCAAACAGAUUUAUCCAAGUUUGAUAUAUAUUUUUAUCAUUUUAAAGAUGAGGAAAAUAAACCGUCCAAAGAGAUUUUGGUAGAGGAGUUCGAUAAAAUUGAUAUAAGUAACAGUGGUCAGGAUAGAACCCUUAUUGAAGAAACUAAAACAAAUACCCCACUAGAUAAAACCAUCCUUCCUAACUUCCGGUUUUCUGAAGAAACACUAAAUCUGGUAUCUAUUACGGCUCUACCAUCACCCGAUCUAGAAAAUCUCUGGGAAAGCCUGUUUUAUAAUGGGAUUCUUAAACAAGCAAUAUUUAAUUCUACCGUUUUAUCACUCAAGAUUUCACAACAAAAGAGUUGUAUAGAACAGCAACCAACAAGGUCAAAAGAGCAGAUGAUUAACAACAACGGUCUACUAUUACUACACGGCCCUCCUGGUACAGGUAAGACCUCGCUCUGUAGAGCCGUUUGUCAAAAACUCUCUAUAAGACAGAAAUACAACAAGGAGAGUAUUACGCCUGAAGGUAGACCCCGUUCCAUUCUAGUAGAGCUUUCGUGUUCGAGAAUUUUUUCACGUUGGUUUGGGGAAUCAUCAAAAAAUAUCAGUUGCAUUUUCAAUGAUAUUGAGCUUUUAUUGCAAUCCAGAGGAAAUAAUACUGGCUUUAUAUGUCUAUUAAUAGACGAGGUCGAAACAAUAGCAAGUUGCAGAACAAAAUCAAUAAACAAUAACGAGUCAAAUGAAAGUGUUAGAGUUGUAAAUAGUUUACUCACCAAUUUGGAUAAGUUAAAGAAAUAUGAUAAUUUUAUCGUAUUAACCACUUCUAACUAUAUCGAUACCCUAGAUUGUGCAUUUGUUGAUAGGGCCGAUAGAAUAUUUCAUGUCACUAAACCUUCAUUGGAGGCCCUUGAGAGUAUUUUAAUAUCCUCCUUAGAAAGUUUAAUGUGCUCCAAUAUAUUGAUUCCAAUUUAUGGAAAAUGUAGUUUUCUUGAGAGAGGUAAAUACAAAAAUGUAAUUCGUAUCCUUGCCAAACAAUGUUUAGCAUUAGAUUUGAGUGGCCGUGCGCUAAGAAAAGUUCCCCUAAUAUGUUUAUCUGAGUAUUUCCAAGAUUUACCUGUUAACGUUGAUUCCUUCCUCAUUGCGCUAGCAGAUACUAUUAACAAAUACCAAGAAAGUGAUUAUUAA